AUGGAAGAUGCCAUGCGGGCCAUUCACCAGGGUGCCAUUGAUUAUCUGGCAAAUCACCAUCCUCAGAAGGCACCAUUCCCGAGACACCUCAGAUGGGCAAUCCCGCAAAGGUAUGAGGUCAAGACCAUGGUGCCAGCGGCGAGAGUGUUUUGCCAAGCUCAGGGUGAGAUGAAUCUCUGGGGAGAUACCUUGACCGUCAAGUUCCCUGAUUUCGACGGCGUGGACGAAUACUACAAGACCCACAGCGACAAAGGGGAGCCUGGAGAGGCACCUGUGGUUGGAGAGUUGAAUGUGUUGGGAGACAUCAAGAAACACCUUGCGAACAGAGGCUUACUUGACGACACAAAAUCACCGCUGAAUAAGUCCAUAUUCGGCCAGUCUCGCCCUGUUCUCAUGGCUCCCGUAGACUUAUGGAGCGUAACUGGAAACUCGCUCGGCGUUGUCAUGCUGUUUGAAAAGUUGUGGAACCGUACCAAUGGAGGCAAUAACCCUCCCUCGAACGUGCUGGCUUGCUCCAUCAAUGCUCGGUGGGCAAAAGCGAAUUCUUUUCUCUCAGUUAUUUGGACUACAAAGCAACCUCAUGAGUUCUUUGCGGGCAGAAUGCUGAACCUAGUUCAAACAGAGCUGGAAUACCAAGGAAGCAUCGGGUAUAAGCGCGCCGCACCCCCCAAAAACGACUCGUUGAGGGUCAUCAGAAUGGAUACCGACUGGUACGAUUUGCUAUCACCCUCGUUGCCUGAUACAGUACCAGACAAUAUGCACUGGCUUCCGCAGGCCAGAUCCAAGAUGACCACUUUGGAAACUAUUGUGAGCAGCGUUUACCACGAAAAUCUUUCUCGACAACCAGGGUUUGAGAGCAUGAUAGCUGCGACCGUCGUCGAUGGCCUCUCUCGUUGCGGUAUGAUACCGAACAUCCAACCAUCCCGAUACCUGGCGGUGUGGCCAUUUGGUGACUGGUCGGUUACGAACGAAAUGCAAGCCAGAUCACUCGUCCAUCCCGGAGAUCCUGAAGAGAUCUUUUCGGAGCCGGAAUCACUGAAGUCUGGCGAUAGUAAACGAUUCGUGAUGAGGGCCAUCUAUACCGGCUAUGUCAUGACCGCCGAAAGCUGGUUUGACUACAUAUCCAUAGCAGGUUUGCUACUGCACGCGGCCAUCGCCCUACUACACACGAUAUAUGUUGUUAAGACGGGUACAACAAGUGGAGCAUGGGAUAGCAUCUUGGAGCUCAUUAUCCUCUCGCAAAAGUCGACACCGCCUCCAGAGUCAAUUCUCGCUAAUACUUCAGCUGGAGUACAGUCUUUCAAGACGGUUAAAUCGGUUGCCUGGGUGGAAAUUUCGGAGGAGGCUACUGCAAGUGGGAGUGAAAUUAGGACUGUCCCAGGGGGCAAACUUCAAUUGAGGAUCAAGGAUGCUUUUGAGCCUAGGGAUGAGAAGCUAAAGCCUGUCGUCGGGGAUUCUUCAGCCGGUGGCUUCGAGCUGCUCGGUAUCUCAGCCGAAAACACCACGGAGCACACCAAGGAGCGGAACAGCGACCUCGAGAGCCAAAAGGCUGUGACCGAAACGAAGACGCCCGGUGGCACGAACAACUCCCAGCGCCAACACUCUAACAGCAAAGCCUCAGACAGUCCAUUGCAAGUGAAGAGCGAAGACGAAGCUACCUUGAACGCCGGCGACGCUGAACCCGACUCGAACAUCGUCUGGUGGGAUGGGGAGGACGACCCCGAGAACCCAUACAACUGGCCGGCGUGGCAGAAAUACCUGAAUUGCGGGCUCAUCAGCGCCCUGACGUUCAUCACUCCGCUCGCAUCGUCAAUCUUUGCACCCGGAGUUCCAAAACUCAUGGUGGACUUCGAAGAGACGAACCAGGAGCUUGCGGCCGUUGUGGUUUCUGUGUACGUCCUUGGUUUCGCAUUCGGUCCCAUGCUGAUGGCACCGCUCUCCGAGGUGUAUGGGCGGACGAUCGUUUACCAUGUUUGCAACAUUCUUUUUGUCUGCUUCACCGUUGGAUGCGCCUUGGCCCCAAACAUGGCCGCCCUCAUUGUCUUCCGGUUCCUGGCUGGUUCUUUUGGCGCCUGUCCCAUGACGAAUGGCGGCGGCAGCAUUUCUGACAUGAUAGCCCAGGAGAAGCGCGCUGUUGCAAUGUCGGCUUUUAGCAUUGGUCCCUUGGUCGGACCCAUCCUGGGACCUGUUGUAGGUGGCGUCUUGGUAGACAACAAGAGCUGGAGAUGGGUCUUCUGGGUUGUCACCAUUAUCGGUGGCUUCCUGGCUGCGACUAUGAUCUUGACGAUGCGCGAAACGUAUGCGCCGAUCAUUCUGAAGCGGAAGACUCAACGGCUCAUCAAGGAGACGGGCAAUCUCAACCUUCGGUCAAAACUUGAUACGGGUCUUUCGGACGCGGAUCUCUUCAAGAGAGCUAUUGUCCGGCCCACGAAACUUCUAAUCUUCUCCCCUAUCUGCACCAUAUUCGCCUUUUACUUGAUGAUUGUCUACGGUUAUCUCUAUCUCCUCUUCACGUCGGUUCCCUUCAUCUUUCAGGGCGCUUACGGUUUUAGCGCCAGCACUGUCGGCCUUGUAUACCUUGGUCUUGGUGUGGGCUCUUUUGUUGGCUUGUUUUGGUUCUCAAUCGAUUCCAAUAAGCAGUUGCAGAAGGUGAAGGCCUUGCAGCAGGAUCACAAGGAUGUCAAACCCGAGGUUCGCCUCAAGCUUCUGCCCGUAGGCACCUUGCUGCUACCGGUUGGAUUCUUCAUCUACGGCUGGACGACAGAGUAUGAAACGCAUUGGAUGGUGCCUAUUGUGGGCUUGGCGGUGAUAGGAACAGGCAACCUAAUGUGCUUCAUGGCUGUCAGCAUGUACCUCGUCGACGCCUACAACCUGUAUGCAGCGUCUGCACUGGCAGCCAACACGGGCAACUCCCUCCUCGCUUUUAUUGCCAUCGCUCUCUUCCCCAUUCCGCUGCUCAUUGGGCGAUAUGGUGAGAAGUUGCGAACCAGCUUCAACAAGGACCGGCUGUAA